GUGAACUGAUUGUUGUAUACUAUUUUUAAGCUGCGACGAAUGUAAUAUUUUCGUCAUUUAAUUGUGUCAACACCUAUUUAUUGGGAAUAAAAUGGAUUUCAUUUUACCUAAUUCUACUCAAGAAUUACAUACAGAAGCUCGAACUUCAUUGCAUGAGUCCGCUUCCAAGGGUGAUGACAAUAAUUUAAUCAAAUUAUUAAAAAGCAAUAAAUCUUGGCUCUGGAAAGAUCCCAUAUAUGGUAAUACGCCCUUACAUGAAGCAGCAGCAAAUGGUUACAGUCGUUGUUUAAUUAUUUUAUGUGAUGUCAUUGAUCACAUUCAAAUUAAAACAAAAAUCGAUUUGAAGGACAAUGAUGGUUUCUCUGCUCUUCACUUGGCAGCACAAAAUGGUCACAAUCAAUGCUGCCGCGAGCUCUUGAAACGUGGUGCCAGUCCCAAUAUCUGCAAUAACUAUGGCGAUACACCACUGCAUACAGCUUGUCGUUAUGGGCACGCAGGCGUGUUGAGAAUUUUACUCUCAGCCUACUCCAAUCCGAAUAUACAGAACAAUAAUGGUGAUACUCCUUUGCAUAUCGCCUGUGCCAUGGGCAAGAGGAAGCUGUCUAAAAUAUUACUACAAGCCUAUUCAAAUUUGCAAAUUAAAAACUUCCAAAAUGAAACUCCUCAUGAUAUAGCCAAGCGAAAGAAUCAUCAUGACAUUAUACACAUUUUGCAGUCUUCCAAGUUACAUUUAAAGGAAAAUGUGGAUAAAUGCAAAAUGAAUUUAUUCUCGAAUGAUUUAAUGUUCUCACCAUAUGGUUGUCAUUUGCUUCCAGAGACAAGAUCAAUAUGUUUAACAUACGUGGAACAUUUGCCGAAACUGUCCUUGAGAACUGGAGAGCAGUAUUAUUUUGAUCUUGCUGGUAAUUUACAGAAAGGACCGAAAUGUAUUACGAAUAAAUGUUAUUGCAAACCCUUAUUAAAGCAUGAUUGAUUAGGUUUAAGAAUACGUUUUAUUAGUUUCUAGAAUUUCAUUUUUGUUAAGUUGUAGUAAGAUAAUUUUAAGUUUUUAAUUGAAAAUUAAAAAAAAAAAUAAUUCUAAUUCGAAA